AGACUCCUUGCCUCUUGGUGGCGCGGUUGCCUACUUAGUGAGAGGAUGUUCUUUUUCCGGGUUGGAAGGUCUGAGUCAUUCGGAUGAGCACGCUGCAGUAGUACGGGCAAUAGAGCCAGUGGUAGUGGAACAUUGAAGACUGUCACAUUCGGGAAACAAAGCAUGGUGGAAUACUGAGGUUUGCAACAUUCGGGGGACAAAGGAUAUUGGAAUAUUGAGGUCUGCGACAUUCGGGGGACAAAGGACAGUGGAAUAUUGAGGUCUGCGACAUUCGGGGGACAAAGGACAGAGGAAUUGUAAGAGGGAACGUUCGGGCAGGCAGACAUUCCAACAACAUCAUUACAGCGGGAGCACUGUGAGCUGGUUGUGAACUUUCUGCUGAGGUUGCGGCGGCCUCCCCUUCGCCCUGGCUGAACGAUCCUGAUCGUGAUCCUUAUUAAAGUAUACUGCAAUCGUGUAGUCGGUAAUAAUUAAUAGAAGGAUUUGUGCAGUUUUCUGCUUUUAUCUGGAUUAAUUAUGAUCACACCUGCCUUUGAAUUGAGUCAAGAUCCUAAUUUCCUUACUAUCAUAAUCCAAGUCCCAUAUGCGAAGGUUAAUGAAGUUGAUCUGCACAUCGAUGGAGUGGACUUCAAAUUUUAUGCGAAGCCGUACUUCUUAAGAUUGACUCUUCCAGGAAAGAUAGUGGAGGAUGGCAGAGAGACAGCUUUGUACAAUGCUGAUGCAGGAAGUUUUACAAUAAAGGUUCCGAAAGAGACGCCUGAAGAAUACUUUGAGGGGUUGGAUAUGCUGACUGUGCUUCUGGCACCGAAAGGUUCAAGAUCUGCAAAGCCAUUGCUGGAAGAGAUAGGACAAUCUGUUGACACUGAAGAAGAUGAAGAUCAGCAAGAAUUUGAUUGGGAAAUUGAGCAAACUCCCUACGUGGAAUUGGAAGGAAAUGUUCUAAGCCCAACUUGUUUCUAUGGCUUUGGAAACCUGAGAACUGGAGUCUUCAGGAGACUGCAGGAUGAACUCACUGAUGUGAUUGACCUGAAGGAACCAGACAGCACCACAAUGGUUGAACGUCGGCAGAAACGGUUAGCUGCUGAAGAGGCCAAGUUUGAUUCUGAUCAUUAUCUUGCUGACUUGUUUGAGGAUGACGCCAUUCAGGACUUGCUGAAGUAUAAACCUUGGUGGGCAGGCAUGCAGAAGAGAAAAGAAGCAAAGAAAACCCGGAGUGAACAACAUUCGAUGGAGGAGACAGAAAGUCGAUUUGUUGAAUUUUCUGAAGAUGAAAAGGAACACUUGCGAAACUUCACCAAUAAGAAUUACCUGCUGGAUAAAAAAGCAUGCCACAAUGCUUACCUCUGCCUGCUUGACAUUAUCCUUGCAUAUGCCUAUGAAGUCCGCAUCACUGAAGGAGAAACCAAUACUGAAUCCUCGUGGAACAUCCGGAAACUGAGUGGGACACUGUGUUGGCUGGAUACUUACCAUUCUCUUCAAGAAGUUGCUGUGUCCUUCUGCAGAAGAGUUUUGUGUUAUCCCUUUUACAGACAUUUCCACUUAGCUCUGAAAGCUAUUGAGGAUGCAGUCUUAAUACUUCAGCUGGGUAAGUCUGCUGUUCUGAAGUCCCUGCUGGGCAUCCAUAAGAUCUUCAGAGAGAGUGACCCUGCAUAUCUUUUGAAUGACCUCUACAUCACAGACUACUGCAUUUGGAUCCAGAAAGUGAAGUCAAAGAAGCUUGCAUCCUUAGCCGAGACACUGCGGAAUGUAAAAAUCACAAAGAGUAAUUUAAGUUUUGAACUGGAAGAAUUGGAGAAAGCAGCGCUAUUAGUUCAAGAGGAAGAAAAUGAAAUCAAGCCAGGGCAGAGUGGUCUCCAAUCACCCCUGUCAGAAAGUGAGACUCAGGAAGAUAAUGACUCUGAGGAAUCGAAUAGCUCAUCCUAUGAUACUGGAGAGUCUGAUUCAUGUGAAAAUGAUUUGUCUAGGUGUAGCAUUUCUGAGGAAAUGGAUAGAAAAUCUUUGUGUCAUGCAACAGAGGCUGACUGUGUCACUGAAUUCAAAGCUAAAGAGGAUUUGAUCAAAUUGAACUGUGGUGAUGAAACUAUGCAUAUGGAUGCCACAGGAUAUCCAGUUAACUGUCCAUUGGGAGAGACUUCCACUGACAAAUCACCUCCAAGAAGAUUGAUAGAAGAAGUUGCAGAUCAGUUGCAGUCAAUGGGGUUUUCAGAGCACUGUGAAAAAUCUGCUGUUGAGAAUUCGGAGCACAGACCAACAAGCCUGCCUGUUCAGAAUUUGGCACAGUAUCAGCAUUCACAGACGACCUCACAGCAGACUUUCUUAGAGGUGUCUCCUAAGAGGAAUUGCCUGCUGCUUGUUGCAGAUCCUGAUAACACAGAGGAUUUUAUAAACCUGGCAUGAGUCCAGCUUGCAUGCUAGAAAAGAACAAACUGAUUUACAUGCAAGUGGCUGACGCUGGUCAUUGUACUUAUUAGAUCACUUUAGAAAUGAAAAUUUGCUCUUAAAUGCUUUGGUGUUUACGCACAUUUAUAUCAGAUAUUGUGCAAAAACUAUAUUCCUUGUGUCUUCAAAAUAAUAGGUAUUGUCAUAAUUGCCUUUAUUGCUGCAUUGUGUUGUGAUGUUAAAUCACUAUGCGAUAAGUUUAACCAGUGUUAGUCAAUUUAAGACACAGUUGAGAUUUGCUUUCGAUCACAUCAGUCCUUAUUGUAUCAAGCCUAUGUUUAUUUUAUGGUUGCCUUUUUUAAGUCAAGCAAACGUUCAUCAAAACAGUAUCAGAUAGUAAGUCUGUGGCAGCCCAAUAGGCAACAUGUCCUUCCAAGAACAGUGCUGUGGGCUGAUAGAAUAUGGUUUUGAGUCAAUGGACUCACCUUUUGCUCAGAAACACAUCCCAUGUAGGAUAUUGCCUGUGAGCUGAUUGCUGCCUCAUUAGCUAUGGAAUUGUAUGCAGUGUGAGAAAAGGGAGGCUUAAAUGAUGAGAGACUUAAUUUUCAAAACAAAGAAAAGCGUAGGUAAAAUGGCAAAUGUAAUUUACAAUGUAAUGUGCAACUGCUGGGCAGGAGCUGAACAGUCAAUCCAUUUGUACUAAUAGUGUCACUCAAAUUCGGAUGUUGAGAAAGGUGCAAUGCUCAUUAAAGUUAAUGUCAGAGCUGACUGGAUCCUGGAAAGCACUCAUCAUUGACGAGGUUGUGAAAGAGAGAGCACAAAGCAAGAUGAGGCUGAGCUGUACCUAUUCGAAUUCCAGCAAAUGUAAUCAUUGAGCUAUAUUAUAGAAUGAAAAUUCAAAAUAAACAAAUUUACACACUGUAAAAUCUGUCAGAAAGAAGUAGCAAUUAUCAGGCACCUAAUGAUUGUCCUAACUGCCUUUUAAUGAUUUUAAAGUAGCACUAAGAAGCAACCGCUCUCUUCAAAGAUUGCCUGAUAUCUGUCCCCACCUCUGGAUUUGUUGAGAUAUUUCAUAUGGAUUUGUAUAAUCCCUUGAAUGAAAACAACUGCAAACAUUGAAAUAUUGGAAUCCAGUAAAUAUGCUUCUUGCCUUUUCAGGUCCGCAUGUCUCUUAAUAAUCGCAAGGUUUGCUUGGAAACAAGGAAAAUGUAUUUCAGGAGCAACUGAUAUGUGUGUUCCUUUAUGAAAUUGAGACUGUUACAUGUUAUGCAAAAAAAAAUUGCAACCUGAAAUAGUUGCUCCCAGACCCUCAGAACACCUUAAUUUUGCCUUGAGGUAAUGUGAUAGGAUUUAUUGAGUCCUUUGAGAGCCAGCGUUCACAUGUGAAAAUGCAAGAAUUUGUUUCUCGUGCUCCAGAAAAAUUGGCUGAGAGUCCUGACAAAUUGCAUUUUGAAAUAGGAAUGUGUGCAAUUUUGGCAUCCUGACACUGGGUGUCACAAUUUUAUUUUUACAAAGCUCAUUUGGAGAGCCGGUGCCAUUGAAACAAUUUAUUUUUGUAUGAUUUGUUAUUGAGUUGGUGCAACAGCUUCCAAACUAGUCACAUUGCCUUGAUCACAUCAUGUUACUUUCCAUUUAGUGGCUGAUUCAUUCUUCAUAGCAUUCAGUUAAUAAAUCCAUACCUGGUAAGUAUAGGAACGUAGGAUUUAAGAGCAAGAGUAGAUAGGACCUUUGGCCCUCUCAACCUGCUCCACCAUUCAAUAAGAUCAUGGCUGAUCUGGUUGUAAUCUUAGCUUCACUUUCCUAUCUGGACCCUUCGAUUGUCGUAUUUAUUAAAAACAUAUCUAACUCAACUGUGAAUGAAUUCGAAGAUCCAGCCUCCACUACCUUCAAAUGGAGAAACCUCAUACGAGUAAAAAAUGUAGAAAUGACUACUGUUGGAAUUUAAUAUAGGAGAUCUUUAACCACAAAUGAAAUUUUCCUGAAUUUACACAGCAAGUAUUGUUAAAUGUACAACAAAAUCUUGCAUAUUUAUAGUACUUUUACUGCAUGGCAAUACUUCCCAAGGUCAUUUUAUAGAAUGUUAACUGUGAUUCAGUCAGUUAGCACUCGUCUCUGAACUGGACUGGAACAGAGAUUUGAGCACAACAUUCAGUUUAAUAGUUGAUUUGAGAUGUCCCUUGGAUGGGAUGUUAAUCCAGUGCUCCAUCUGUCCCCUCAUAUGGAUGUAAAACCUCGCAUGGCACUGUCUUGUACCAGAGCAGAAGAAUAAUAUUUGGUCAAUAUUUUAUCCUCUAACCAAAUCACAAAAGUAACCUGUCUGAUGGUUAUCACAUUGACCUUGCUUUAUAUAAACUGCCUGUGGUAUAAAUUCCCACUUCAUAGCAGUAAUUACAUGUCAAGAAAUAAUUCAUUGAUUGUAAAUAGCUUUGGCAUAUUCAGAGGUCAUGAAAGGGGCUACACACAGGUAAGUGUUUCUGUCUUUAUGACUACAAGUGACUGGACACAAGUCACUUUAGUAUGACUGAAGGUUCUAGCUGACCCAAGCCUGUAACAAACAGGGAAAAAUGCAUAUCAAAUAGAUGGAUAAUCUCAGUUGAGGUCAUUCUGCACAAUCCAUUUGUCAGUACUCUUCAUUUUUAUUAUUUUAAGUCCAAAUUAAAUUCUGACAAGUUGAGGAAAUUUUGGGAGGGGGGUCUUAUGGAGAGAUUUGAAUGGGUAUAUGUUAGAUCUGUGACUCUUUGUUUCAUAUCUGGUGGAUCUACCAUGUUUCAUGUCCAUGUUAUUUGCCUUAUUUUUGAAAGCAGAUAGGAAUAAGCUAUCUCUGCUUAUUUAAAUGAGUGUCAAUAUGUUUCAUAAUCGUAGAAUCGUGACAGUCCGGAAGCAGGCCAUUUGGUCCAUUAAGUCCACACCUGCCCUCCAAAGUGCAUCCCACCCACACUCUUACCCCAAACC